AUGGCUUUCAUAGUGCCGACAAAUCCCCAGCUCAUUGUACUUUCCAAAGAACAGUUACUUAACAAACGUGUCUGUGAAAAACAUUUUGAUGUAUUUCAGUUCGGCAAUGAAGGCAGAAGACUUCGAUACUCUUACCCGUCCUUGCUUACUGACAAUGAAAUAGCUCAUGGUGUGCCUCUGACUGCAACUGGAUGGGAUGUCACAACUGAACAUAAUUACUGUAAAGAGCAACAUGAAGAUGAUUUCACAGAAGCUGUGUUAGUGGUUAGAAAGCCUGGAAGUGAUCUUACGAUUGAACACAAUUACUACAAAGAGCAAAAUGAUUGUUCCAAAUCAUCGGUAGAGAUUGGAUCGUCAGAUGUUGGAAAUUCUCAUGAACAGCCUUCAUGUUCAAAUUUUUCAACUGUUGCAACAGUUGUUGAAAAUAAAGGAAUUGAUUCUAAUGCUAAUGUGGUGAAACAAAUGAUGCCAAAAGGUAGCACAUGUACAAAAAAGCAAACAGGAAUUGAUUCUAAUACUAAUGUGGUGAAACAAAUGAUGCCAAAAGGUAGCACAUGUACAAAAAAGCAAACAGGUUACAUGGCGAAGAAAAUAGUAUCAAGGAAAAGAAAAUUGGUUAAAUUUUUGACUAAUAUUGCAACUGAAAGUUUAAGUGACUCAGUAUCACAACGACUUGAUCAAGCCCAAUCCCUGUCAAGAAAUAAAGACCUUUUGGAAAACUUUUAUUUGUUAAACAAACAAGCUCAGACUUUCUUGUUUAUGCAAUUAAAACAAAUUCAUAAAAGCAAAAUGGCCAGAAGGUUUACCUUAGAUGAAAAAUUAAUGGCAUUGCUCAUAAUGAAACAAAGCCCCAAAAGUUAUAAACUAUUAGAAAGAAUGUUUGCCUUGCCUAGUAAACGGACAUUAAAUAGACUUUCUGAGAAAGUUUCAAUACAAGCAGGACUCAAUCCAUUAAUAUUUGAACAUAUAUCAAAUACAACAAAAAAAUGGGACACUAAACAAAAGCUAUGCACAAUAGUUUUUGAUGAAGUCUCUCUGACACCACAUUUAACUUUUAAUGAGAAAGAUGAUAUAAUUAAUGGGUUUGUAGAUAUAGCUGGAGAGAGAAAACUAAAAUAUUGUGAUCAUGCUUUAGUUUUUAUGCUAAGAGGAAUAUGCUCUCCAUGGAGACAGAGUGUAGCAUUUUAUUUCUGUGAAGGCACAGUAUCAGCAGCAGAGCUGCAAUGCAUUUUAAAGCAGAUUGUGCCCCAAGUAAUACAAACUGGGUUAAUACCUUUAGGUCUUGUUUGUGAUCAAGGGUCCACAUUUCGAACAGCAAUAAGAAGACUUAGGGAAGAUACAAUUCGUAGGCGGAAUAUUCAAGGUGUUCAUGAUGAUGGAUCAUGCUCGAACUGCUGCUAUGCUCAAAUAUACAAAUGCACUCAAUUAUUUUCAUACUGCAAACUCUGA